UGCUGUAAUUUUUGAUCUGUUAACAGCUACAAAUGGACUCGUGCCAAUCAGAAAACACAGCUCUGUAUUCAGCCCUUCCCAAAUGUCAAAUAUGUGGUGAUCAGUCAUCAGGUCUUCACUAUGGUGUUUAUUCCUGUGAAGGAUGCAAGGGAUUCUUUCGCAGAACACAACGACUAAACCUAAAGUACAAGGUUUGUCAAUUUGCGGAAACUGUACCGUGUGAUAUCAACAUUAAAACCCGCAAUAAAUGUCGGUAUUGUCGCUACAAAAAGUGCAAAAGUCUUGGGAUGUGUGCAGAAGCUGUGCGCAUGGGACGUGUGCCAACAGCGGAGAAGGUGAAAAUGAUUAAAGAAAUUGACGUGGGAAAGAACAAAUCGUGUGUAGAUGCUGAGCAUGAAGAGUUUGUCCAGCAAAUAUAUAAUGCCUACAAGGAAACUCUUUCUGAACUACGGGAAGAUGAGAUUGAAUGUUUUCGCGCACACUGUGCGCCGGACAUUAAUGAUCCUGAUGAUAUCCGUUUGAAAAAUUGUGAUCCAAACAAUGCAUUACCCAGGGAAUUAACAACCAUGCAAGGAAUUAUACGACACCACAGUAGCAGCACAGAAAUCUUGGUACAAAAAGCUGCAAAAUUUGCCAAGAAAUUAGAAGUCUUUCGGAGUUUGGACAUCGCUGAUCAAAUGUCGCUUUUCAAAGAAGCUUGUCUGGAAAUUGUAUCGGUAAUGAAUGCUCAUCGAUAUGAAGGAGGAAUCGUUCGCUUUCCAGAAGAUAACACAUAUUUUCGUGAUGUGACCUGUAAUCGAUUUAGCUUGAUGAAUCUUGGCAGUAGCGACACGCACCACCUGUACCGAUUCAACUUCUCCAGACGUGUAAAUGCUAUUGGUAUGAAUGACCGAGAAAUGGCAAUUUUGUGUGCACUUAUAAUUGCCUCCCCAGACCGAGAAGGAGUUAUCAACUAUAAAAAGGUUGAAGAAUUUCAGGAGAAACUGUUGCUAGCUCUUGAGAAGGAGGUAAAGAGGAAUCCCUCGCCAGAUGUCAAUCGACUUGCAAAGCUUGUUGGUGUGCUAAUGGAACUACGAGGCCUUAUCCCGAACCAGAUCCGCACUAUAAAAACCGUACGUGCUUUGAACAAUGGGAAGCUACCAGUUGAACCAACACCUAUAUCAUAA